GGCUUUUGACAACAUACGGAUAAAAUGGCAAGAGCCACAAUCUUAUCAUCACCAUGCGUCAUCGGUCUCCCUCUCCCACUCAACAAGCUUCGUCACUCUUCACGCCUGCCUCCACCAAAUCUCCCUUUCCACAAUCACAACAAAACCCUCAGACUCUCUCUUAUUUGCCAUGGCCAGUUGGAUGAUUCAGCUGUUGACGACGCUCAUGACAUCGAUCGUGAAUCUUUCUUGGACGAUUUAAUGGGGGAUGAUGAAGAUGAAACCGAGAGCAGUAUUGAUUUGUUAAUCAGAUUCUUACAAACCAUGUUCAAGAAACUCUCAAAACGGGCCAAGAAAGUCUCUUGUUCCAUUUUGCCUACUGUUAUAUCCACCCAGUUGGUUUCUUUUGCUGUUGAUGGGAUUUUGCUCUUAGCUGCACUUUCCAUUCUCAAAGCACUUCUUGAGGUAGUCUGCACACUUGGGGCCACUGUGUUUGUGGUGAUCCUUCUCUUGCGUGUUGUCUGGGCUGCCAGUUCCUAUUUUCAGUCAAAUGGAAACGGUUUUAACCAGGGUGGAAACUCCUUUAGUACCAUAUAGCCAACUAAUAACACAGUUCUUUAUAUUAAUCAGAGCUGCUCUUCUAGAUAUUCUUCACAGUACAGCACAUUAUUGUUUUGAAAAGAAUUGAAAAUGGGAUUAACUCAAGGUUGUGAGCGAGGAUGCAAUUAUAGUGCUUAUCAAACAGCAUUAUAGCUCAAAAUUGAAUUGAUUUAUGGUAGAUGUGCGAGUGUGAAUCUUUUAUCCCUGGGUGGCUUCUGCCCUUGUACAAAGAUUACAAAUGGCUUGCCUUGCACUUGAGCUGAUUCCUCAGACACUGAGGCCUCAGAAGAUUAAGAUUUCUAGUUUAAUACAUCAGGGCUAAGAGGGUUGCUCUGAAACAAGCACUCUAAAUGUAAGUUAUGCCAAUAAUUCUGUCAAAAAAUCUGCUCUUUGCCGGUAAA